AGUCUGCUGACGACCGACGACCGAGCCGGACCCGAUGGCGAGCGGCGCUUACCCCGUGCAGUUCCUCCACCUCCCCGCCGCCGGCGGCGGCGGCGGCCAAUGGCGCAACCUCGGCGCCGCCUACGCCGCCGUGAGGUUCCUCUGCCCGCAGGGUCAGUCCCUGGUCCUGUACGCCGCGGACCCCGACGGUCAGCAGCAGCAGCCGCAGCGCAUCGUGUUCGUGUACCCGAUCCUCCCGGGCGACGCCUUCGAGAGGCUGGACGGCGCGACGCUCUCGUGGGCGGAGCCCGAGUCCGGGAACGAGUUCGCGCUCUGCUUCCUCGACGACGCCGCGUGCGGGGCCGUCUGCGGCGCCAUCGCCCCGGUGGUGAGGAGCCCGGCGGUCGACGGCAUCGCGGACACCCUGGCGGGGCUCCGCGUGGCGAGGGAGCAGGGCGCGCCGGCGCCCGGUGGAGGGGACAUCGCCGCGCGGCUCGCGCAGCUUAGCAUCGCCCGGCCGUGAACUGAAAUCAUGGCGGAAAAGGGCAACCGGCAAUUUUCUCGCUGAUAGACUUUGAGCUCGGUUUCAGUUUCAGUUAGGCCGUCGUCGUCUUCAGUCUUUGUCGACGCGAUUCAGCUGCCUGUUUAAGCUGUACACCGCGGUAGUAUCUGCUAAAUCUGAUGGGAAUCAAUAAUGGCAAUGAUCUUCUCUCA